AUGUUGAGAUCAAGUGCUCGUUCUGCCAUUCGUGUUGCAUCCAAACACACAAAAGUAAUCACACCAACAAUUUUCCGUGCCAUUCCAAAAACUCAUCAAUUAAACUCAAUUAGAUGUGUUGCUCAAUUAUCCCACGUUAAAUCCCCACCAAAUCUUCAAAAUGAACCAGUUAGAAACUUUGGUUUCAAAGAUACAAAAGAUUGGGAUCUUUUAAGAGCAUCAAUUACAAAAUUCACUGAUGAAGGUUCAUUACGUGUGCCAUUAGUUAUUAAUGGUAAGAAAAUUUAUCGUGAAGAAACAAAACCUCAAGUUAACCCAGCUAAACAUUCACAAGUCUUAGCUGAUGUUUCACAAGCUACUAGUGAAGAUAUUAAGGCUGCUAUUGAAGCUUCUAAAUCUGCUAAAGCAAAAUGGGCUUCUACUUCUUGGACUGAUAGAGCUGCUAUUUUCUUAAAAGCUGCUGAUUUGAUUUCUACUAAAUAUAGAUAUGAUAUGUUGGCUGCUACUAUGUUGGGACAAGGUAAGAAUGUUUAUCAAGCGGAAAUUGAUUGUGUUGCUGAAUUGAUUGAUUUCUUUAAAUUUAAUGUUAAAUAUGCUGAAGAAAUGUAUGCUCAACAACCUUUACAAACUGCCCCAGGUGUUUGGAAUCGUGCUGAAUAUAGACCUUUGGAAGGGUUUGUUUAUGCUGUUACUCCAUUUAAUUUCACUGCCAUUGCUGGUAAUUUAGUAGGUGCACCUGCAUUAAUGGGUAAUACUGUUGUUUGGAAACCAUCUGCUACUGCAGCAUUAUCUAAUUAUUUAUUAUUGACUAUUUUAGAAGAAGCAGGAUUACCAGCUGGUGUUAUUAAUUUCAUUCCAGGUAAUCCAGUUGAAGUUACUGAUUUAGUUCUUGAAGAUAAAGAAUUUGCGGCAUUACAUUUUACUGGAUCAACUGAAGUUUUUAAGAAUUUAUAUUCUAAGAUUAGUAAUAAUGUUGCUGCUGAUAAAUAUCGUGAUUUCCCAAGAAUUGUCGGUGAAACUGGUGGUAAGAACUUCCAUUUAAUUCAUCCAUCAGCAUCAAUUCAUCAUUCUGCAUUAUCUACUCUUAGAGGUGCAUUUGAAUAUCAAGGACAAAAAUGUUCAGCUACUUCUAGAGCAUAUGUUCCAGAAUCAAUCUGGCCGGAAUUUAAAGAACAAUUAAUUGCCAAUAUUCAACAAAUCACCAUUGGUAAUACUGCUGAACCAGAACAAUUGAAUAGUUUUAUGGGUCCAGUUAUUCAUGAACAAUCAUUUAAUAAAUUGAAAACCGCUCUUGAUAAUGCCAAGAAUGAUCCAGAAUUAGAAAUUAUUGCUGGUGGUUCUUAUGAUUCUAGUAAAGGUUAUUAUAUUGAACCAACUGUUAUUCAAACCACUAAUCCAGAACAUGAAUAUUUAAGUAAAGAAUUCUUUGGUCCAGUUUUAACUACUUAUGUUUAUCCUGAUUCACAAUAUGAAAAGAUUAUUGAAUCAAUUGAUGGAGUUACUAAAUAUGGAUUAACUGGUUCUGUAUUUGCCAGAGAUCGUGGUGCUAUUAGAAUUGCUGAAGAAAAAUUAAGAUAUGCUGCUGGUAAUUUCUAUAUUAAUGAUAAAUCUACUGGUGCCGUUGUUGGUCAACAAUGGUUUGGUGGUGCAAGAGCUUCUGGUACUAAUGAUAAAGCAGGUAGUGGAAAUAUCUUAUCAAGAUUUGUUUCUAUUAGAAGUAUUAAAGAAAACUUUUAUGAAUUAACUGACUUUAAAUAUCCUUCCAAUUAUCAUUAG